GACAGGUGCUAGUUGGAUUUUCUAUACCGCGAAGAGCAGACGGUCCGAAAUGGCAAAAUACCGAGUGUUAGCGAUUGUGUGUUAUUUGUUAAUAUCUGUGAUUUAUGCAUCAGACAAUCUAAGUAAUAACAAAUUACCAACUUUCACAGGGACUGCAGAAGAAACUAGACAAGCAGACGAGGAAGAAGGACUCCAACAGAGUGAACUCAAAGAUGAGGAACGUUACUUUUGUCCCACCCCAGGGGAACCCGCUCACGCCACUAUUGAAGGCACGGAUUACGAAAUGGGCUCCUACAUAAUAGUCCAAUGCGAUCCUGGGUAUUUCCUUACAGGAAUGAUGAAGAUUUACUGUGUGGCUUUACCCAACCCUUUUAAAAAAAUGGCAGGGUGGGAAAAUGUUGUUGGGCAAAACCCAGAAUGUCAUCCAAUGUCACCCACUGAUCAACCAAAGCGUGAUAACCUUAGUAUCAGAAAAAUGCAUGACCGGCAGAAUCGUUCUCCAGAUCUUCUAGUAGACAUGGGUGAACCCAAGAUGCUCAAAGAUGACUUUGCCGACAUCUUUGAAAAGGAACCAGAACGGGAGGCAGUAUCUACCAUGAACACCAAACUCGUGUAUGCUAACGAAUUGAAAGAUCGCAAGAAAAGCAAAAUCGAAGACUUCGUAAUUACACCACUCAAGUAUAAAUCACACACAUUUCACCUCAAGAAAGGAAAGGCGGCGUGCUCACUUGACAAAUUCACCGGACCAUGCCGAUCCAGAAAGACCAGAUACUUUUACAACAUCAGAACGGAAGAGUGUGAGGAAUUUAUAUACGGUGGCUGUCGCGGAAACGGUAACAACUUCCUGUCAAAGGCAGAUUGUGAGGAUGCAUGCGCGAAGUAACACACUCGAAGUUCAUGUUUCGAUUUAAUGACGAUUUCGAUGUCAUUCAUUGAAAUUAAAGUGAAAAUGAUACUGAUGCUGUUAUCAUAUAUCAGGUGGCGGAUUUUGAAUGUUCAAUUGAUAAAACUGGAUGCAUCAAUGUGAUGCCACACAUGCUGCUAUUCUUAUAGGCGUAUUCUAUUGCAGCAAUCAACAUCAUCACAGAAUUUAUUGAACGGUUUGAUAUGAUGUGGAUAAACCAUAAACACAAACGAAAUGGUAAAAAAGUCUGUCCCCUUUAGCAUAUUUAUUCGAAAUGAUGAUAUAGUUUUGUUAAAAGAACUACUUUACUUACAUAGUUUAUAUAUUUUCAAACUGGUGCUAAUGUAUUGCUGUUAUUCUUACGUUAAGAUGUUUCUUGUUGUGGUUAGUACAGAGAUUCAUCUCUUUCGACAAAAGGCCAAUUAAUUUUAACCUUGAUUCUUCAAACGAUACAUUGAUGUAGUACGGGACUUCAACGUAAUAUAGUAUUUAUCAGUAAACAAUAUAUCAGUUUCGGUUUCAUCUGAGAGUGAAUUGAGGCAUAGGUCUAACUCUAAUAGGAGAUACAGAGCCAUACGUUGUCAAAUCGACAUAUGAGCAAUUAUUCUGUUCGAUCAUCUUGUGUUCGACUAGGAAUAGUUAAUGCGAGCCCGAGAGAUUUGGUGAGUGUGUCAGCAUGUAUAAAAUUAGUUUCGUUGAUAUUAGAAACGGUUUCCUGAUAAGGUGACACUUGCUGUAAAUAUAUUGAUUGUCGUUCAAUAUCCAUUCUCAAACAAGUAAACUCUUCUGGUAUGGUGUAUAAUUGACGUCACUGUAAUAAAUCACUGGGAUUUUCACAGUUCGUUUUAGCUAAAAUUAAGCGUCAGUAAUAUAUAUUUAUUGCAGUGUGAGACUUUGACUGAAAAUAAUUUCUUGAAAUAGGGCAUAGUAUAUAUUUUGUUUCAAUAUUGAGAGCGCCAAUCCACUUUUAUAGAAAAGAAACUGUUAUUCUAUUGCCUGUAAAUACGAACCGAAUCUUCUUGACUGAUUAAACUAAGUGCAAUACCAAUUAUGUCAUAAAUACUUAAAACUCGCUUGUUUUAAAAGUCCCAAAUUCUGUUCAACAGUGGUUCAUUGUUAAUUAAGAUCUCAAAAGCUAUUCCGUUUUCAUAGUUGUGGAUAUGGCACUUCAAAAGGAUAUCCUCAUUUUAUUAGUGACUUGGAUAUGUGGCUUUUAACAACGCAAAUUGCAUUGUAGUGUCAUCUGCAUUUUAUAGAGAGCGUGUGUCCAGCAGAAUCAUUAUGUACAAAAAUGCAUGGUCAUAUUCACUGGAAAUAUUACUACCAAGGUGUAUGUUUUAUACGGUUACUGGUUUCCUUUUUGUUGUAACGCUUUCAUAAUUGCAUUUUCUGUAAAUUUGACUACACGCCCUGAUAAUGUUAGUAAUUACGUGUGAUCAAUAUUGUACAUUGAGCUUUAUCCUCGAUACUCGUGGGCUUAGUUCACUUUCACUCUCUGCACCCCUGGAAUACGUCGUGGCUAGGUUGAAGGAACAGGACUAUAUGUUUAAAUGGUGUCAGGAAUAAACCACGAACAAUCGCUAAGCUGGUGCUUUUUUAAUAUUUAGGAUUACAGAGCAGCUACAACGAACUUCAUAGCCAGUCAAUUCAAAGGUAUGGUGACCUCGACAAAUCAGCAUUUUUGUUUUAACCACAAUAUGGUAUGAUGUGCAAAUGUGCAAGCCACUUUCCAAUUGUACAGAGAGCGGAAGUGAACUUAGCCCCUGGAGUAUCGCUGAUAAGUGUACUUAACCUCGGAUAUAGGGUAAUUUUAUGUCUUGAUAUCUUUGUCGGGUAUCUUAUUGUUCUUUAUAUGUUUAUAUCUAUAUGGAACUGCCUGUGCCAAACUACCAUUCCAUUGUUAUAUUCCAUUCAUUCUUCUAAUGAAUGUAACCCUAUAUGCAAUGCAUUAUCUACGACAAUGCACAAUUAAUGAUUUGUAAUAAGUUGAUGUAUACAAAAAAUGUAUAUUUGAAACAGUGUUCAACUUCAUCAUUUAUCUCAAUAAUUUUCAUCAGUUCUAAAAUGGUUUCGUGUUAUAGCAAAUACGUAUUCUGUUUCUAUCGUGUUUCUUGGAAAUAUUAUUAUCCUUAUCCCUGACUGGAACCUUGUGAUUAUUUAAUUCAGCCGUCAAAAGGGCAUAUUGUUUUUCAUUAUUUGAAAUUAAAAAGUCGUUUUUAUUGAA